UCUCCCUCUCCCUCUCCAUCUCCAUCGACCACUCGAAUCGAAAAUCACAACAGAACUCAAACAGAAGCAGCGAUGUUCCCAGGUAUGUUUAUGCGCAAACCCGACAAGGCGGCGGCCUUGAAACAGCUGAAGGCACACGUGGUUAUGUUUGGGGUCUGGGUAGCCGUGGUUCGUGUCACCCCUUACGUUCUCCAUUACCUCUCCGAUGAAAAGGAUGAGCUCAAGCUCGAGUUCUAGAUUCAGUGGAUUUACAAGCCGAGAAUUGAAUCGGAACACGAAAGAGUUUGUGAGUUCCAGUUUCCUUUUCCGAUUUAGUACAGGGCCGAAGUGUGAUCACAUUAGUUUAUUUGCGUGCUUGCUUUGGUCAUAUGAUUGUUGGUCUUUUUAUUCAAAUGAAUCCAGUCAUAACUACAUGAAUAUACAAUCACCUGGUCUCUGUUAGUAUUUGGAUUUUGGAUCGGAUUUU